AAGAAAGAAGCUAGUACAGAGCCAGGGGCAGACACAGGGGCGCUUCUAACAUACAGAUAGGACCUUCAUACCAUGACAGGACCGUGCGCCGUGUGCCAGGCUGGAGCAACGCAGUGUUGCUCUGGCUGUCAUUCAGUUUUCUACUGCAGUCGUAACCACCAGAGGCAGCACUGGAAGUUCCACAAGACUCGGUGCGCGCCCUACAAACUCAGCGUUUCUGCACAACUGGGUUACCACGUCGUGGCAACAAGGGACAUCCGGCAGGGGGAAACAAUCAUGAAGGAAGACCCCACCGUGCUGGGUCCCAAAGUAGUGUCCCUUCCUCUGUGUUUAGGUUGCGGACGCCGGCUCAGGGUACCUGACGGCACCGAAACGUAUAAAUGCAGGAGCUGCGGAUGGCCUCUGUGUGGGGCUCACUGUGAAAUGUCCCCUCUCCAUGUGCCUGAAUGUAGCCUGAUGAAGGAAAGGGGUUUCCGCGCCAGUAUACAAGCAGAAGAUAAAAAGGAAGCAGCAUACUGUAGCAUUACUCCACUCAGGUGCCUUCUGCUACAAAAGCGAGAUCCACAAAAAUACGAGGCAAUUUUAAAAUUGCAGUCUCAUUUAGAGGAAAGAAGAAACACUACCCUUUACAACAUAUUUAAGAAUAACAUUGUCGGUUUCCUUAGAAAUGCUCUUGGCAUGACAGAAUUCAGCGAAGAGACGAUAUUGAAAGUCGCAGCUAUUUUGGACACAAACAGUUUUGAGAUUCGGCGUUCUGAUGGUGAUAUAAAGAUUAGGGGUUUGUACCCUAAAGCUGCAAUGUUAUCACAUGAUUGUAAACCAAACACUAAACACGUAUUCACUGGACCAAAUUAUACAUUAGAAUUAGUGUCUACAGUACCGAUAAAGAAAGGAGAAAUAAUUUGUGUUACUUAUACACAAACUCUUUGGGGAACUUUAGCGAGGAGGGAACAUCUUAAGCAGUCGAAGUGUUUCGAUUGCAACUGUGAAAGAUGCUCUGAUGAAACUGAGCUUGGAACUUAUUUAGGAUCUAUAAAUUGUUCCCAGUGUAAGAAAUCUGGUGGAAAGAAGAGCAGUAUGAUCAUAUCAACGAACCCUCUAGAAUCCUCCUCGCCUUGGAAGUGUCAGGUCUGCCCGCAUACGAUCCUUGGACGACAAAUUGCCUGGGGAAACGACGCUAUUCGUCAGGAAAUUGCAGCUUUGGAAAAAAGUAAACCUCAGGCAUUGGAGGGUUUCUUGGAUAAGUAUAAAGACGCAUUGCACCCCAGUAACUGGCAUAUGCUGGAGGUUAAAUACGCCCUGUCCCAGCUGUAUGGGAAUAUGCAAGGGUUCUUACUCUCAGAGCUGCCGGACACUCUCCUGGAAAGGAAGAUCAAUUUGUGUACGGAGCUCCUUGAAAUAGCCGACAUCUUGGAGCCCGGGGCCACAAGACUGCGUGGCCUCUUGUUGUAUGACUUGCAGGCGGCCAUGGCUGUGCAAGCGAAACGCACCCUGGCCAGUGACAAAAUCACGAAGGCUGCCGCACAGGUCAUUAUGGGAGAAGCCAUGACGUUACUACAGCAGGCUACAGAAAUCUUGAGAACAGAAGCUGACAUGGCUCAACUUCUUGAAGACAAACUUGCCAACUUAUCUAAGGAGCUUGAAUUCGACUGACAAACUGAAUUACUUUGGUCACUCUUUCACCAAUGUUUCAAACUCCGAAAGAAUGAAGAUGGUAUAGUCCGAAUACAAUAAAGUGGACAACAUAACUACUUGUUCAUUGUGAUUUAUACCGCCUAACGCCAUGACUGGGUUACUAUUCUGAAGUCCCUAAUUUGAAUAUCAUACCGGACUGUUCUCUUCUCAU